AUGGAAUCGGACAAGUUAAACGAAUUGAACCGACAGAUAAAUGAGAUUAAAAAGCGGAUUUUAUUGGCAGAGGGCCAGAAGACGGCAAAUGCGGCCGAAUGGCAGAAGCAAAAUCGCAUCAACUGCGACACAAUCAGCUCCUUGAAGAAGGACAUCAAGGAGCAGACUGUAAGAGCGAGUCGGCUGCGGAAUCCCCUCCAGCGCCCAGUGGUCAUCAAGGAGACCACGGGAGAGUCCCGAAGGGCACAAAGCUGCACACCCACCCUAAUUGUGGGCAAGGCCACCUAUCCGGUGGGUGCCAAAAACGCCGAUGAUGCCAUAUUCCUCACUGAUCUCAAAAUCACCGAGAGUCGAAAGCAAAUGGAUCUGCUGCGGCAUCGCUUUAAAUCCCGCCAACAGCAUUUCAGUAAAUUGGUGGAGAAAUACCGAGGAUUACUGGCCAACAAGGAGGCACAGAACCAGAAUAUGGGCGAGAAGCCACCCGAAACUCUGGAGGAGGAUGCCAACAGGAAGCUCGUCUGCCAGCUGGAAAACGAGAUCCACCGCACCAACGUGCAAUGGAUGGAAGCGGAGCACAUUCGCAAGAAAUAUCGCUCCAUUGAGGCAUCCUUGAUGACGGAUGCGGAGCGCUUCGAGCGGAGUCUGCGGGAACUGGAGGCCUCGCUGAGUGACCAGAAGGCGGAGAUCGAGCGACUGCAGCAGGUGCACAACGAGGCGGUCGAGAUGAGGGACGCGGCCAAGGUGAUCCUGCAGCGGCAGGAGCAACAGGCCAAUCUCUCGCAAAAGACCAGGGAGCGACAGGCACUGGACUUUCGCAAGCAGGUGGAGGCGCGUAAGCUGGAGCUGGAGAGGAUUGGACGCAAGUUGUUUGCCGAGACCAAGACACUUGUCCAUCAGGAUAGCGUGGGAUCCAGUUCGGGUGACCAGCACACUGCCAAGACGGAAAACGGCGAGGAGGAGCCGGUGUCUCAGCUGGAGAGUGUCACCAGCGAUAUGGAAUCGUUGUUCAAGCAACUGAUGGAGGCUUCCGGUGCCACAUCGCCAUUCGAGGUCUUCGAGAGAUUCAGCGCCCAGAAGGAGUCCGCUGCCCGUUUGAAUUACCUAAGAAAGGCGGCGGAGGCGGAGAAGGCCAAUCUGGAGGCGGAAAGAGAGGCUUUGAGCAGCGAACUGGAGGCCUCCAAGUUCUCGGAUGUCAAGGAGAGCGAAGUAAAUCAAGAGGUUAUUGAGCAAAUUAAGAACAGCAUCGCCUCCAAGGAGCAGGAUCGCAAACUGGACACAGACGAGGCGGGAAAAUCCAUGGGAGUACUGAAGUAUCUCAAGGAGCGCAUCUGCGAGAUGAUCUUCAAGGUGCAGGAGGUGGACGAGAGCAACAUAGAUGUACCCGAGAGAAAGCUCCAUGUGAGCGUAGCAGAACUUCCCAACUUUUUGGCCCACACUGCCGAGGACGAGGAUAUGAUUGAGAUACUCAAACUGAAGAUCAAGCGCUGCCAGGAGCUGAGCAAGUCCGAGGAUGUGCCGCCGUUCGAGAUACCCAAGCUGGACAUCGUCGACGAGGAGGAGGAGGAGCUGUACAAGGUAGAGCAGCCCAAGUCGCCAUCCAUUCAAGAGGGCGAGAAGCCACAACCCAUGCCCGUUUGCUACUACAAUCUGUUCGCUGGACGGGCUCAGAGAGCUGCAGGCACUUCCUCAUCCUCUCCAGAACAGGCGCCAGCGGCGGUGGCCACCACAGACGAUGACAACGAAGUGCCCUCCCGCAACUUCCUGAAGCGACAAUCAGUGCUCAUUGUGGAUUCAAAAUCCCGGCGAAAACCAUUUAGACCCACACCCGGUGGUAGACGCAAAUAAGUUUGCUCGGCG